ACACUAGUGGGCGGUAAGGCGACAUUUUUCCAACGAAAGAGAACCACCGACGAAGACGUCGGGUACAGCUAACACAUAACAUUGGUUUGAAUAUUAUGCCGUAGAAAACAAUUAGUAAACAUGGAUAAAAAGAAGAAACCCUUCAGUGUGACUGCUUCAUCGCUAGUGGACCUUAAAGCUGAACUGUACAGAAAGCAGGAACAAUUCAAACAGGAAAAACUUGGGCAAGAAAGUGCUGGAUUCACGUCAAAAUCCAAAGUCAAGAAACCUAAUGUUUGGAGCAAACAAAAUACUGGUGUUUCAGCAAGAGCUGAGAAAGAUGCAGAGCAGCUGGCUGAGGAGCAGAGCAGCAUUGAUACAUCAAGACGCAAGUUGGAGGAGAAGGCCAAACUCUAUGAGCAAAUGACAAAAGGAGACUUUCCAGAUGAAGAGACAGAGGGGCUGUACCUGGUUGACUUCACCCAGAAGAUUAUUGACAAAAAGAGGGGAACGCUUGCACAAAUGGAAAAAGACGAUAAGGACAGAGACAGCUCGUCUUCUAACCUUCCUCCCCAAAAUCCAGAUGAGGAAUGGGUGGAUUAUGUGGACGCUUUGGGCCGAUCUCGGAGAUGCAUGAAGAAAGACCUGCCAGAUUUUAAGAAAAUGGACCAAGAGCUUAAAGGAAAGGGAAGAGCCUCAGCUGACAAGACCUUACUCUCAGAGGACAUGCGUCGAGAGCUUCAGAGGCAGGAGUGGGAGAAGGAGGAAGAGGAGGCUAUGAAGAGGCCCGUUGGACCUCUCCACUACGAGGACAUCAGGGGACAAGAGGCUCGGGAGCUCGGCGUGGGUUACUUUGCAUUCUCUCAGGAUGAAGAACAGCGCAGAAAGCAGAGAGAAACUCUGGACAUGCUCAGAGACCAGACAACAGAGCAGCGCACUAAGAGGGAACAACUGAAGGAGAAGAGGCAGGCCAUCCUGCAGGCCCGACUGGCCAAGUUGAGGCAGAGGAAGAUGAAGAAGGCCAAGCUGGAUGGCACUGAGGACGAGCAGAAAGAGGAGGAGCCUGAAGGAGAGGAGGGGGAAGGUGAAUUAAUAGGACCCUCGCCUCCGCCAGAGGACUCCCCAGAGGUCAGCACAGUGAAGAAAGUGGAAGUGGAGAUCCAAGAAAGGAAGGACACCAAACCAGGAGUUCCUCAUGUCAGAGAAUGGGACAGAGGCAAAGAGUUUAUGUUUAAUGAGUGGAAAACUCGGCGUCGUGAAGAGCGAGAAUCAGAAUUUGCACCUCCCUCUGCGUACUUUGCUGAGGGAAAGAGACAAAAAACAGGGAAGAAUAAAACUCAGGAGAAUAAAUCCAAGAUGUCCUUCAAGUGGACCAAAGGCCCAGGAGGAAUCUCUGAGAGCCAGGAGGAACCACCAUCUCAGCCUAAAACUGCUCCUUCACCUCCUCAACCUCAACAAAAUCUUCCACCUCCGUUACAAGCACAGACCUCAUCGCAGUCAUCACCUUCAGAUCAUCCAGCAGACUCAGCUCCUGUGUCAGCUCCCCCUUUAAAUCCCCAGUACCCACCUCCUCCAUUUUAUCCCGUGUUUCCUCCUCCUCAGUUUGCUGGACCACCUCACCUGUUUCCUCCCUUUCCCCCACAGUACCCGAACCAGUACCCACCCCAGUAUCCUCCACAGUAUCCGAACCAAUAUCCCCCCCAGCCACAGAGCCAGUCUCAGCCCCCCCAGCCUGCAGAACUCAGCCAGGCCCACCAGCCUGCACAGAGUCUAGACGACAUGCUGUCCUUCUACAGGAACUCUUAUUGAUCAAAUAAAAGAUCACAUUCGCUGUGCAGUUGGUUCAUAAUGUUGAGUGUAAAUACUGUUGAGGAAAUCACAGAAACAACAGAACACAACGUCUCAGCUCGUUGGAGUUUUAGCAUUUAAUAAAUAUCAAGAAUUUAACUGGA